AUGUGUUCUGCUCGUAAUAAUCCAAUCAUUCCCUAGGUAAAAAAAAAAAAUAGACAUUUCCUUUUCUGAAACUAAACUUUUUUUUAUGUUAUUUGACAUACAAUAAUUUUGAUAUGUCUAUUAUGAAUAUGCACCGUGAUCGAUAAAACUUUAAAAUUUUAUUAACUAAAGAAAUAUGACUUUGGACUAUAGUUAACUCAACCCCAAUCAAGAAUCCUCAAAAAAAUUCUAGGAAUUCUUGUAAUGCCCAUGUUCCAAUUUUUAAUCCGUUUUUUUUUUAAGUUCUGCAAUAUUGAAUCAAUCAAAUGAACUUCUAAUCUACUUUUGGAAGACCUUGAAAUUUCAUAUAUAAAUGUAACUAGUGUAUUCCCUUUGUAAAAAAAAAUCGAGAAUGCUCAUAAACUUUUGUUCCCGGAGUAGACAAACAUGGUUUAGCACAUCUUAUUACUACAUAAUUCUUUGAAGAAUUAAACUUGAUCUGAUUAUAGGUAUGGUUAUUUUGGAUAUACAUACAUUUUCACAAAAGAAAAUUGUCCAAAACUAAUUAUUGUGAACAUUUCCUCACAAUAAUCAUUAUUAUAAUUUGGAUGGAGAAAAUACCAAUUGAAUAUUCUAAUACUCUCCCUUAAGAUGUAUUGUUCUUUACAUCUUGGACAUAAUUAGGAGGUGAACUGGGGAAUGUUGAAAUCACAUGGAGCUUCUGGUUAUCUCGGUCAAAAGAGAUCAUGAAUGGACCAGAGGCGACAAUCAUAUGACCGGUAAAAUCAUAGUUUCGGCUCUGAGACUAAAUGAAGACUCGGUCAGAUCCACCACAGUCCCCACCAAAUCAUAAAGUUAAGACAGACAGGUUGUCAAGUCUGGGCUGCACUAUCCCGCACGCACCACUGACCUAUAAAAACAUCACCUAUACUUGUCUGUUUCUUCUCUUGGGCUAUGACUAAAAUGCUAAGUAAUAAGUUCCUCUCAGCAUGUAAGGAACCCGAAGAAAUGCAAAAUGUACAGCUAUCAAACGAAUCAAGACAAUCCUUUCAACUCCUUCUACAAUCAUUUGUUUUACGCGUCUUCUAUUUGUGUCACUCUGGACAACCUUUUUCCUUGUAUUCAAAUUCGUGUCUUUGCAUCACACCGGGCAAAACAUAACAAUAAUCAGCAACACAUGAUCAUUUUCCAUUUAUUUCAUAUUUAAACAUCUUCUGGUUGUUGUCCUAUAUAUUAAAAAGGACUUAUAAUUUUAUAUGUUCCUUGUGCGGCUUUACAUUUAUGCGGCAAGAACCAGUGUUAUUGCAUCUAGAAAUCCAAGAUUGAUUAUAUACAUUUCCUAUUGAAAGCAUGUGAUUGAUAUAGAGUUUAUUUAUGUUUUAAAAUAUUAGUGGAAAUGAAGUGGAUUGUUUCAGUAACCAUAGAAAACAAUAUUUCAUGCUAAUAGCAGGGAAGGAAUAACAAAGAGAGCAUAUUCGUGGAUAAAAAUAAGCUAGCAAAAGCUGAUGGAAAGUGACCUAAUUAAUGCUUGAGAAUCGACUAUUUUUAAUCUUAUGUUUAAGACUUUAACGCGAUGAUUACUGUGUUUCUGGUAUCCCUUGCCUAAUGCUGAAUUGCUGAUUCUCGUCUCUCUACGUUAAAAGAAAAACAAUUAUACAAAAAACAAGGAAGAAGAAAGAAAGAAAGAAACAGAGUGGAAUCAGAAUCCGAUCCCUUUCAAGCAUCACUCUUCCUUUUUUGAAAAAUUUGCCUAAAGUUUCCACCUUUCCUGUUUUCAACCCAAGAAAUUUCUCCUUCGAUUUUUUCUCCUCUCUUUGCAUGUUGUUUCCCUUUUGAAACACGUUAUCAAUUAUGAUUUCAACAAAGAUAAUAAUGCACCGAUUUUUUAGGCAUUAUAAAAACGUCGUUUAUGUCACCGUCUUCUCUGCACAGGUCACUCACUCUCUAAUUAACUAACUCCUCUUACUUUCUAAGCUCUCUGCAAUAAUCGAUGGCAAAGAACUCACAGAGUAGCAGCAAGAACCAGGAGAAGAAGAAAGGAAGCAGAGUGUGUGAGAAGAUCUUCAGAGCAGUGACGAGUCCUGUCCGAACCGUUCGCCGCAUUUCCACUAAACCUUCACCGAACCACCACCACCACCAAGCAGAGGCUGUCCGCGUGAAGUUCUCUGAGACAGCCAAACCCAUAACAAACAUCGAGCAGAAGAAGACGCUGAUCACUCGAGUAGAGACGACGCUGAAAACAGACGAGAGGUUCACCGACUAUAUAAAGAAAGCGAAGCUGAAGAUAAGGGCACCGACGAGGAAUGAUGAUGUGUCGGAUACAAGUGAAAAAGAGACACGUGAUCAUCAUCAUCACCACCACCACCAUGUACCUAUCUCUCGUGUAUCGAGAGAGAGUAGCAGUGGGAGAUCAUCAGAUCGUUUCUCUGAGUACAUAAACAAGGCGAAGAUGAAGUUCAGGUCAUCUUCUACCGUCGCUCGUGCGAACACAACUCACGAUUCUUUCAAGUAUUGAUAAGUUCCGACAACUUUCUAUGAAUAAUCUUGGUCUUGGCUUGCUCCAUAUUAUAAGAUAUCGAUUGUGAAAUAUGUUAUGAUUUGAAAAUUCUGUUAUGGGUGUAUGGGAUCCCAUUGUAUUAUUGAAAACCCAAUAUUGUAAUACUUGAUGAAAAUAAAGGUUUGUUGUUGCUUGCUA